AUGUUUUUCGAUGAUCGCUUAGCCGAUACCUCUGACUUUGAGAGCUCACUUCACGAUGAAGUUAAGGGUGUAGAUGGUGUGCAUCCUUCUGUCAGCCUCCCUCCUCGUCCCCCCCCCAGUUUCUCUGCGAGCAGCAGUCAUCUUCCUGGGCGUCUGGGAGGGGUGAAUUCCUCCAUCGUGGAGGAAGGCAAUCCCGCAAAGGUUUCCCCUUUCGUGACUUCGCUGGUGAACGCUACAGAAAGCGAGCGGCAUUGCCCGGAUAUCUUGCGCUAUCCCACGGCGCUUAUUGACACCGCCGUGGGUUUUAUCGCGCACCAACAGGAGCGUGUGCGCCAGCUUUUGGAGGCGGAAAAGAAGGCCUCCGCGCGUGAGCUGUCCGACACGGUGUCAUUGUUACCAUUUAAGCCAUCGGACAUCAUGUCCCUCGAGCUACAGCGCCUGCAGUUUUUCCUCUGUGAGCUGCUCCGCUGCCGGCUGCGGAAAAUUGAGGCGAUGUGUAUGAGUAUCUACUACGAAGGCCUCCUGGAAGAGAAUCACGCAACCGAGGUCGAGGUCCCGUCUCCGCAGCGUGGGUUUUUAAGCCAUAACGAGCGUAUUGUGGCUGAUCGGCUUGCGAUUGCCUCCAGAAAGGCCGCACUGCAGGUUGGGCUGAGCGGCGUGCCCGAGGCCCUGCAGCAUUUACUGCCUCAUCCUCCCGACGGCGAAGGCAACGAGGUGCUCCCGGAGCCGGAUCUCAACACAUACGUGUUUGGUAUCGCCCUCGUGGACCUUGACAUGGUGCGUGUUGGGAAGAACUCGGAGCAAUCAAUUCAGUCGAAUGAUUUGUUUCUGAUGCCAUAUUCGACCUUUAGGCCCUACGUGCGCGCUGGACAGGUGCGGCUUGUUUAG